AAAAGAAACUCCAAAAAUUUUGUGGAUCAAUAAAUUAACAACUCAAUUUCCAAUUCAAAUUACGAUCAUCAAAAAGUUUUAAUAACUUUUUAAAAAAAAACUAUUCCAAUUUACAAAUAACAAUAAAAGCAUUCUCAUCAUCAACAAAGUAAGUGCUAAAAACAAAUUAAGGAAAUAAAACAAACUCAACGAGCGAGAAAAAAAACGAAACGCGAAACUAAUUAAUGCAAAUCAAUAAUCAUCAAUAUAGACUCGAAUAAAGCAAACGACUUUAUUACAAGUCCCAUAAAUUCAUCAAAUAUUCACAAUUUUAUUUCAACUAUCAAUCAUAUAAUUUGAUGAGCUCUUAUAAAUAACCAUUACAUCAAGUUAAAUAAUUUAAUAUGGGCAAUAUUGCAAGAGCAAUUUCAAAUCGCGACAAUAUUUCAUAAAUAUUUAUAAAUCGACAAGCAAGGAACGAACGAGCAACAGGCAAGUUGAACAGCAAAAAAUCAUAGUUUUACAAGUGAAUUAUCACCCAAUGUUGAUGUGCACAUGUUGUGAGAACCAUAUCUAUAUUUUAUAAUCCAUCGACCAUAUUUUACGCAUCGUCACAAUUGACAAUAAAGUGAAUUAUUGCAGCAUCAAGCAAUUUAAUUGAAAUUCUAGAAGCAGAAUAUCCAUUUAAAGUCAUGGAAACGCAAGUUCUCAUACCGCAAGAAUUUUCACUUGUCUUGACAGCACCUGGUGGCAAAAAGUCGAGAGAACAAGUGGCAUCGGUGUUCUCGACAGUUCGUGUACAACAGAAUACCGUGUUCUAUCCAUUUCAAGGCACUGUACGGACUGAUAAAUUAGAGAUUCAUUCAUAUCUUGAUGAACAUGAUAUACGACACAGAUUUGGACUUUAUGAUGAAAUAACAUUCUCGGAUGGCCGCAAGAUGCGUCAUUGUAAUUGGAUUCGUUUCCUCAAAGUACACGAUUCAUAUGGACCGCAGGUAAACAUGGUGUGUACGAAAGUCAAGGGCGAGCCUAUUUAUGAAAUUGUGAAGCCGAUUCCCAUGCAUCAAGAGAUCAUUGUCUAUUACUUACCGGAGAGACCUGAGGAAUUAUUCUUUUCUCGCAUGAGAAAUACUUUUUACCGACAAACAAUGGACUCAAUAUUGGAAGGUUCACCUCUAGACUUAUCACUAUCCCUCCUAUCACGAGUUCUCCUACCCAUUUCACCGCCAUCAGAAGAUGAGCACAAGUCAAUCUCAGGCGAGUCCCUUCAAUCAUCAGGUGCCAGCAGUACUGGAGAUUUAAUGGACAGCGCUAUAAUUCCUAAAUCAACGCCAAAAUCAAGACCAACAAGAAGCGAGCGUGCCUUGCUGCCUUGUGAGGUGUGCAGUAAAGCAUUUGAUCGACCCAGCUUAUUAAAGAGACAUAUGCGAACACACACGGGAGAGAAGCCUCAUGUCUGUGCGGUAUGUUCGAAAGGCUUUAGUACAUCAAGUUCACUCAACACCCACCGUCGAAUCCAUAGUGGUGAAAAACCACAUCAAUGUAAAGUUUGUGGAAAACGUUUCACAGCUAGUUCCAAUCUUUAUUAUCAUCGAAUGACUCAUAUAAAGGAAAAACCACACAAAUGCAGCUUAUGUUCAAAAUCAUUUCCAACACCCGGUGAUCUCAAGUCUCACAUGUACGUACACAGUGGAUCAUGGCCUUUCAAAUGUCCUAUCUGUUCAAGAGGAUUCAGCAAGCAAACGAAUCUAAAGAACCAUCUAUUUUUACACACGGGUGACAAGCCUCACAAUUGUGAGAUCUGUAGUAAACGUUUUGCCCUCGCCUGCAACUUGAGAGCACACAUGAAGACUCAUGAAGGUGAACCAACGGAAGAAUGCGUCCGAUGCAAUAAAGUUUAUUUAGCGUCAACAGCCGAGUUGAAGCAGGGAUUGUGCCAAAAAUGUUUAGAGAAUCCAAUGCCUAGCGAUGACCAGGAGAAUGAGGAUGUGACAAUUUCAACUAGACAUAAGAAAUUUUCUAAUAAAUUUUUAGCAAAAAUUAAUGAAGACAUUACGGCGUCAAAUUCAGAGGAGGAAAUGUCAAAUGAUUCAUCAGAGCAAGUUGAAAUUGCAUAAGGAAUCAUUGUAAAUAUUUAAUUAUUAAGGGGAUGUUCUUGAGGUCUGCAUUGUAAAUCAUCACUAUGGGGAAAAAUUAAAAAAAAGGGGACUUUUACUUCAAAAAUUGAAUGUCUCGAAUUAUGAUUAAUGAUUUAUCUAAUUAGGGAUAUCAACACAGACUUGAAGCCUAGUUUUAGGUCUUUUGGUGCUGCUCUUGUGAUUCUGUCGCUUGCAACCUUUGCAAUUAUUAUUGAAAUUUAUAGCUCCAAAACUUAACCAUUUGAAGCUUAAAAUCUAAAUUGAAUAUUACUGCAACCUUCGCAAUAAUUAUUAAAGUUUCAUUCGACUACAAAAUUUGAACUUUCUGCUUCAAAACUUAACCACUUGGAGGUUAGAAUCUAAAUUGAAUAUUACUGCAACCUUUGCAAUAAUUAUUAAAUUUUCAUUUGACCACAAAAUUUGAACUUUCUGCUUCAAAACUUAACCAUUUGAAGCUUAGAAUCUAAAUUGAAUAUUACUGCAACCUUCGCAAUAAUUAUUAAAGUUUCAUUCGACUACAAAAUUUGAACUUUCUGCUUCAAAACUUAACCACUUGGAGGUUAGAAUCUAAAUUGAAUAUUACUGCAACCUUUGCAAUAAUUAUUAAAUUUUCAUUUGACCACAAAAUUUGAACUUUCUGCUUCAAAACUUAACCAUUUGAAGCUUAGAAUCUAAAUUGAAUAUUACUGCAACCUUCGCAAUAAUUAUUAAAGUUUCAUUCGACUACAAAAUUUGAACUUUCUGCUUCAAAACUUAACCACUUGGAGGUUAGAAUCUAAAUUGAAUAUUACUGCAACCUUUGCAAUAAUUAUUAAAGUUUCAUUCGACUACAAAAUUUGAACUUUCUGCUUCAAAACUUAACCAUUUGAAGCUUAGAAUCUAAAUUGAAUAUUACUGCAACCUUUGCAAUAAUUAUUAAAGUUUCAUUCGACUACAAAAUUUGAACUUUCUGCUUCAAAACUUAACCAUUUGAAGCUUAGAAUCUAAAUUGAAUAUUACUGCAACCUUUGCAAUAAUUAUUAAAGUUUCAUUUGACCACAAAAUUUGAACUUUCUGCUUCAAAACUUAACCAUUUGAAGCUUAGAAUCUAAAUUGAAUAUUACUGCAACCUUCGCAAUAAUUAUUAAAGUUUCAUUCGACGACAAAAUUUGAACUUUCUGCUUCAAAACUUAACCAUUGAAGCUUAGAAUCUAAAUUGAAUAUUACUGCAACCUUUGCAAUAAUUAUUAAAGUUUCAUUUGACCACAAAAUUUGAACUUUUCUGCUCCAAAACUUAACCAUUUGAAGCUUAGAAUCUAAAUUGAACAUUACUGCAACCUUUGCAAUAAUUAUUAAAGUUUUAUUUGACCACAAAAUUUGAACUUUUCUGCACCAAAACUUAACCAUUUGAAGCUUAGAAUCUAAAUUGAAUAUUACUGCAACCUUUGCAAUAAUUAUUAAAGUUUGAUUUGACUCCAAAAUUUGAAAUUUUC